AUGGAGGAAUUUAGAAAUGCCUUAUCUCGUGGUGGGUUGAGUGAUCUUGGAUGGAGGGGUAACAAGUAUACGUGGAGCAAUGGCCACUCAGAUGGGUCUUUUGUAAAAGAGAGGCUUGAUCGUGCUGUUGCAAACCAAGAAUGGAGAAGGGGUUACAGUAGGGUGGAGGUUGAAACUCUGGUUGCAUGGAGUUCUGACCACCUUCCUAUUUUACUAUCUUGUUAUAAUGACAAUACUUUGAAAGGAAGAUUUGAGAGACCCUUUCGUUAUGAAAUGAGCUGGGAUCAGGAAAAUGAAUGUGGAGAUACUGUGAAAGAGGUUUGGAAGGAGGAGAAGAGAAAGAGAGGUAGUCUCUUAAGUGUUCAGAGGUGCCUGAAGUCUUGCAGUCAGGCUCUCAGAAAAUGGUAUAUGGGUAAGAAUUCAAUGAGAGGGAGUGAGAUCAAGAGAUUUUCUGAGAAACUAAAAGAAUUAAAAGAAGAUGAAGGGCCUUUGAAUGUAGAUGAAAUAAGACAGGUGAAUAGGAAGUUGGAAGAGUUGUUGGAACAAGAGAAUUGUUGGUGGAGGCAAAGAGCUAAGGCCCAUUGGCUGCAACUUGGGGAUCGUAAUACUAAGUUUUUUCAUGCAAGUGCUAGCCAAAGGAAAAAAAAGAAUUCCAUUGUUGAAAUUGCUGAUGUUAAUGGGUUUACUGUGAGGAGGCAUGAAGAUAUUGAAGAGGCAUUUGGAGAGUAUUUUACAGGAGU